ACUGGAUUAAGAAGGUCGUAGACUUGAAAAUGAUUUUGUGAAGCUCAUUGGAAAUCAGACUUGAUAACUUAUUCAUAGGCACGAAAACUGUAUCUGCUUGCUUAUCAGUCUUGACGUCAUCGUUGAAACACCAAAGAUCUAUUAUUCCUCUUCGUGAACAAUAAGCAAACACAAGCAGGCUGUCGUUCUUUGCUACUCACUUCCCUCCAACAAAGCUUCUUGUGAGAGAGAUGUUGCACUAAAGAAAAACCAUGUAUGGGAUGCUCUUGGAAAGCGUAGAGCAUUUCUUGAAAGAGAAAUACGGUGAAAAAAUCUGGCAUUUAAUUCGUCAGCGGACAGGAAUUAAAAAUCAUGUAUUCGUGACACACGAACGGUACUCAGAUAAUCUGAUGUUGGAAAUCGCGUCUGCAGCGGUAGAAGUACUCGGAAAUGAGACAAAAAUGACCUCGGAAGACUUCAUUCAAUUUUUUGGGACGUGCUUUGUGAAAUUUUUCAGCAACUACGGCUACGAUAGGUUUAUACAAAUAAGCGGCAGGCAUUUUAGUGACUUCCUACGAGGAAUCGACAAUUUACACGAACACAUGCGAUUUGCUUACCCAAAGCUCAUGUCACCGUCAUUCUACUGUUCAGAAGAGGCAAGCACGGGAUUACUGCUACACUACAAAUCUAAACGUCGAGGAUUCCAGCGAUACGUAAUGGGGCAAAUGAUGGAGGUGGCUAGCAUGUUCUACAACAUCGUUGUUGAGAUACAAGUACUUAAAAGCGAUUCAACUGAGUCAGGUUGUCACGUUGUUUACAAACUUAAUUUUGACAACUCGGCUUUUAAACCUCCUACGCCCGACGCUUUGUCAAUUCAACAUAAUCGCGAUUUAUCUUGCGAGGCUUUUUUUCAUAUCAUGCCGUUCAGUUUUCUCGUGACGCCUGACAUGAAAAUAUAUAUGGCAGGAAAGGCAUUAUCUUCAAUGCUUGGAACCAUUUUAGUUGGAAAUCGUGUAGAUGCAGUUUUUACCUUACGACGACCUCAAAGGGAAUUUUCCUGGGAGAACAUUAAAUCAUGGAAUGUCAUCUGCGAAUUAGUUGGUAAACAUCCGUGCUUAAAGAAUCACUCCAGCAAAAAACCUCCGCUGAGGGCUGUGAAAUCAGUGGGUAACGAAGAUCAUCUUAAACCCAGAGAGUCAAACCACAUUUUAGAGCGUAGAACGAUAUUAGACGAAACCGGACAUCACAACGGUUUCGCGGCCCUUAAAUCACGGCGACAUAGUGACCAUCCGCUAAACGGUACUUUGGUAACAAAAUUUUGUGGAAGUGAUUACUCGGCUAAAGUGUCGAGGCCUUUGCAUCUGAGAGGCCAGAUGAAAUAUCUAAAGAAAUACGAUAUGGUGUUGUUCAUUUGUUCUCCUAUGAUAAGCAGUGUGGAAGAAAUGGCCCGUACAGGGAUGUACAUAAGUGAUCUGAGAAUGCAUAACUCCUCGCAAGAGAUGGUUUUAUCUGGUAUCCAGCCUCUUCCAGAGCUUGAAUAUGCACGUGAUCAGCUCUUGGAUCGGGGAAAGAUGUUAGAGGAGAGUUUAGAGAAACUUGAUCAGGAGAGGCAGAGGAGUGAGGAACUUCUAUAUCGAAUGAUGCCAAAAGCUGUAGCUGACCGGUUACGAGAUGGUCAGAAAGCUGUUCAAACUUGCGAGCAUUUUGAUAGUGUUACCAUCAUGUUCAGCUACUUGGAUAAUUUUGACAACAUUUGCGCUAGCGUUUCACCAAUGGAAGUCGUCACUCUAGUCAAUAAGAUGUUCUUAACUUUUGACGAACUGAGUGAAAAACACGACGUCUACAAGUUUGAGACCCUUGGGGACGCCCAGUAUAUGGUGGUCAAUGGUGUACCAGUUAGAAAGGACCGACACGUGGAGCCUGUGGCAGCAAUGGCCCUAGAUAUUUUAGACUCUGUUCGAGAACUGAGACAUCCCACUUCCAAGAGGUUAUUAACUGUUUCAAUAGGGAUACAUCUUGGGCCGGUAGCAGCUGGACUCGUGGGAGAGAAAAUGCCACAAUACUGUCUGUUUGGUGAUAGCGUGAACAUGGCGGCAAGACUCAGAACAACGUCUCUUCCGAUGAGGAUUCAUAUUAGUAAAAGCUGCCACGAAAGCUUGAAGGAAAUUGGCUUUAAAACAGAGUUCCGGGGACAAACAGAGCUAAAGGGAAGAGGAAAGAUGCAUACUUAUUGGCUGAUAGGAAGGAAUUAGACGACUGAUACGCGAGACCUAACUUCUAAAGAACCUGCUGCUGACUAAAAGCUAUGCAUCACGUGGUCAUGAGAAUAGAGGAAAUGAUCGCUGAUCAAUGAAGCUCUUGAUUGUUAAACAAAUUCUCCUUGUCAGCGCCUAAGGAAAUAUAAAGAGAACAGCAUGAAGAAUAUGAAUUCCGAUGUUACGGUGCAUAAAGGGUUUAAAAACGUACAAAAUAGCCAUUUGUGAACAUUGUAUCAUGACUUAGAGCACUAAGGGAAACCAGUUUUAAAUCACCGCCUUAUUUCCUUUUCCCAUCAAAUACUUGUUUUGGGAUAGCAUUGGGAUUAACCUAUUUCUACAGUAUCACUGAAGAACGAAAUAACGAGCUGAAAAUGAAUGUUUACAAGUGACCUGUACCGUCCUGUACCGUCAAAAUUUGUACACGAAAUUUUUAUACGUAUUUAAGAGUUUGAGUCAAUAUAUUUAUAAACUUGUUUUGAAGAUGGGCAGUUUUGUUGGUAAAGAAAAGGAUUUUUA